AUUAAGCGACAAAUUUAUACUGAAUUAGAAUUAGGAGAUUUGUUUGUGAGCUGAAGAAGAUAGAAUUAUCCAGCGCUGAUCUUCACCGCGUCUUCUCUGACCAUAUCUCACUGCACCGUGAGGGCAGGAAGAGCUUUGGAGUAACCGAGACGCCAUUAACAGCAAUCGAUCAUUACGAGGAUAAGCUCGGGCGACGGGUGCUCUCUCUGUUGCCCACUCUUCACUCCACCUUCUCCAAAAUUCCUCUAUAAUCACGUGGUUCCGCGUCUGGAUUUUUGCUAGCGGUUUCAACUAACCCCAUUUUGGAGUGUGUCCUUUUCGUAGUGCAACUGCGAGGACCAUCUUUAUUAGGCGGCGACGAACCUGUCCGAUUGGAAUUUUGCUGCAUCUUUUUUCUUACGUUGGUGGUACUGGGUUGUAUGUGAUUUUUGGGUUCUGAUUCUUCGGAGAUACGAGUAGAUUUUAACUGAUUUUCAGAAGGUUAUGGCGGAAGAAAAGGAAUCGACCUCGGUUCCUCUCAGUCAAGUCGAUAAUGGCGGACAGGAUCCCGAGGAUCCUGUCAAAUCUCCUCCGAGUUCUCCCAACUCGUCCACUCGUAAGGCUUGCUGUUAUGUUCUCCAAAGUUGGGUGUCAAAGAAGUUUAUGACUGGAUGUGUGGUUCUUUUCCCUGUUGCUGUUACCUUUUUUGUUACAUGGUGGUUCAUUCAAUUUGUUGAUGGUUUCUUCAGUCCAAUAUAUGAGCGGCUUGGAGUUGACAUAUUUGGUCUUGGGUUCAUAACAUCUUUGCUCUUUGUAUUCUUCAUUGGUAUAUUUGUCUCAUCAUGGUUGGGUGCUACACUCUUCUGGCUUGGAGAAUGGUUCAUCCAGCGAAUGCCCUUUGUCAGGCAUUUAUAUUCUGCCUCCAAACAAAUUAGUGCAGCAAUUUCUCCUGAUCAAAAUACUACGGCUUUCAAAGAAGUUGCAAUUAUUCGUCAUCCGCGUGUUGGUGAAUAUGCAUUUGGCUUUAUUACUUCAACUGUUACCCUCCAGAGAGAGAGUGAAGAUGAAGAGCUAUGUAGUGUUUUCGUGCCAACAAAUCACCUCUACAUUGGGGAUAUAUUUCUUGUUAAUUCAAAGGACAUCAUAAGGCCAAACCUAUCUAUUCGGGAAGGAAUAGAGAUCAUUGUUUCUGGUGGUAUGACGAUGCCGCAAAUUAUUACUCCUGUCGAGAGAGUUGAUAGACAGGCUGAGAGAAUAACUUUGAACAGACUAAAGUAGUGACGUGCAGAGGAGAAGAUAUCCCUGGUAAUUAUACGAGCAGUUUUUUGUGCUAUAAAUAGUGUGGAAGUUGUGGUAGUAACCUUAUAUGGCAGGUCAUGGGAUGACCUUAAUAGAGUUAGGCUUGUUUGUGUGGCGAAACAUAUUGCCCUCUUGAAUCUUUGUAUUCAAGUUCGAGUUCGAAUCAUAAAUGAUGGUUCUUGUUGUUACUACAUUUGUUGAUGUGUUUGUAGUAUUAUCAUAGUAAUGAUAGAAAUCUUUUGAUAGAAGACACGGAUAUCUCUCUGGUAAUAGUAUUAUCAUAGUAAUGUUUCUGUUU